UGCCAAACCGGGUUGGCUUGAGCGGAAGAGAUCCCGAUAAUGGUCAGACCAGAAGUGACAGGUUUACGUAACACUUGACGCGCGGGCAAAAUAUCGAAUUUUUUUCGCCCCAAUAUUCCAUUCACCUGGUCCAAGAAUGUUCGUUUGAUAGGGGGAGUUUUCCAACAUUAGAUAUGCACGUGAUUUUUCACCGGAACGGGAUUAUUGGGAAAUUGAAAUGCAUGGUCAGUGUCUCGAUUACGAGAAAGGGGGGUAAGAUGAACCGAUUUUGGCGCUCGUCUGGGUAUAUUUUGCGAAGGUACGCGCAAUGCCCGAAACAAUACUCUUAAGGUGAUAGUGGUGAAAACCGUCAAAAUUUCCGCUACAAUGCCCGGGGGUCGCAGGGGGCUGGUUGCCCCUCAGAACACUUUUUUGGAGAACAUUAUCCGCAGGUCAAACCAACAACCCGAUAGCAGCUUUCUUCUAGCCAACGCACAGAUAGUGGAUUAUCCAAUAGUGUACUGCAACGAGUCCUUCUGCAAGAUCUCAGGCUACAACAGGGCGGAAGUGAUGCAGAAGUCCUGCCGAUGCGCCUUCAUGUUCGGCGAGCUGACCGAUAAAGAAACAAUCAGUAGAGUGGAUCACGUUCUGGAACAUCAGCUGCACGAUCAGUUUGAGAUCCUGCUCUACAAGAAGAAUAGUAUUCCCGAAGAGACUCCGCUAUGGCUGCUGCUACAGAUUUCUCCAAUAAAAAACGAGAGGGACCUCGUCGUGCUGUUCCUGCUUACCUUCCGGGACAUCACCGCCUUGAAACAACCCAUAGAAACAGACGAUUCGAAAGGAGGUUUAUCGAAAUUUGCAAAAUUAGCAAGAUCGGUAACAAGGAGCCGUUCAGUGCUGGUAUCUCAGUUCUCGUCUCAUCUGCCCAACCUCAAAGAUACAACGAAACAAUCGCACUUGGCACAAAUGAUGAGUUUGAAUUCGGAUAUCAUGCCGCAGUAUCGGCAGGAAGCUCCCAAGACUCCGCCUCACAUCUUGUUGCAUUAUUGCGCCUUCAAAGCAAUCUGGGAUUGGAUUAUUCUGUGUUUAACUUUUUAUACUGCGAUUAUGGUUCCUUAUAACGUAGCUUUUAGGAAGAAGACAUCUGAAGAUGUCUCCGUAUUGGUUCUGGACUAUCAUAAUGGGGUUCCUUACAAUGUAGCAUUUAAGAACAAGACGUCCGAGGAUGUCUCCCUGUUGGUUGUGGACUCAAUCGUCGAUGUGAUAUUCUUUAUUGACAUAGUUCUUAAUUUCCAUACGACUUUCGUCGGACCCGGAGGAGAAGUGGUGUCCGACCCGAAAGUCAUCCGUAUGAACUACCUCAAGAGUUGGUUCAUCAUCGACCUGCUAAGCUGUUUGCCUUACGACGUCUUCAACGCUUUCGACCACGACGAAGACGGAAUCGGAAGCUUAUUCAGUGCUUUAAAAGUAGUGAGACUUUUACGAUUAGGACGAGUAGUGCGAAAAUUGGACCGCUACUUAGAAUACGGCGCUGCGAUGCUGAUACUUCUGCUAUGCUUUUAUAUGCUGGUUGCUCAUUGGUUGGCAUGUAUCUGGUAUUCAAUUGGUCGCUCCGAUGCAGACAACGGCGUCCAAUACAGCUGGCUUUGGAAACUGGCCAACAUCACCCAAAGUCCAUAUUCGUACGUUUGGCCUAAUGACUCCAGCACUCCGGAACUGAUUAAUGGACCAUCGCGGAAGACGAUGUACGUUACGGCCUUGUACUUUACGAUGACCUGCAUGACUUCGGUUGGUUUCGGCAAUGUGGCUGCCGAGACUGAUAAUGAAAGGAUCUUCACUAUCUGUAUGAUGAUAAUUGCAGCUUUGCUGUAUGCGACAAUCUUCGGUCAUGUUACCACGAUAAUUCAGCAGAUGACAUCGGCAACAGCAAAGUAUCAUGAUAUGCUUAACAACGUGAGGGAGUUUAUGAAGUUGCAUGAAGUGCCCAAAGCCCUUUCGGAACGUGUUAUGGACUACGUGGUGUCCACCUGGGCUAUGACUAAAGGUCUGGACCAAGACAAGGUGCUGAAUUUUUGCCCGAAAGACAUGAAAGCAGACAUCUGCGUCCACCUCAACAGGAAAGUGUUCAACGAACAUCCAGCUUUCCGGUUGGCGUCCGAUGGAUGUCUCAGAGCCUUAGCAAUGCACUUCACAAUGUCCCAUUCAGCGCCCGGAGACUUGCUUUAUCAUACAGGCGAAUCAAUUGACUCGUUGUGCUUCAUUGUAACCGGAUCGUUGGAAGUGAUACAAGACGAUGAAGUUGUUGCUAUUCUAGGAAAGGGCGAUGUCUUCGGAGAUUCCUUCUGGAAAGACAACGCUGUAGGCCAAUCGGCGGCCAACGUCCGCGCGCUUACUUACUGUGAUCUGCAUACUAUUAAGAGAGACAAGCUGCUUGAAGUGCUAGACUUCUAUCAAGCUUUUGCCAACAGCUUCGCCAGAAACUUAAUUCUUACCUACAAUCUCAGACAUCGGCUCAUAUUCCGCAAAGUGGCCGAUGUUAAGCGGGAGAAGGAGUUGGCUGAGCGCCGCAAGAACGAGCCGCAACUCGAUCAGAACCAGGAUCAUUUGGUGAGGAAGAUUUUUUCAAAGUUCCGAAGGGAUCGGAGUCAAGCAGCAGCUGCAGCCGCCAGCAGCCAAAGCGACGUUGAAAAGGGGAGUGAAGAUGGAAGCGAAAAAAUAACCAGGGUAGUUUCCACUACGAAACUGUCCUCAGUUGCGGAAAAAGACGACAGCAGUGGUGGCGGAGUAAAGACAACAGUUACCAGGCCUUGUUCAGUGCGGGGCAGUAAAUGGAGCAGGCUGCUGGGAUCGGCGAGUUUGGAUUCCGGCUCAGAAUGCUCAAACCAAACGAGCGCAGCAUUCCAAAGAAGUCUCAGCGCCAAAGAUCCGAAAGAUCGCCCAAGUUCCUCGUCGUCUGGCAGUUCAGGGAGUCAGCCAACUGCCGGGUCGGGCAAUAAGAUUUUUCCCAAGUUGCAAAAAGUUUCUGCGACUUCCAGUCCAGCGAUAACUCGACAAGAUACUAUUGACGAAAUGGUGGAGGUCGAUCAACCCCGAAAUUUGUCUUUGAGGAAGAUGCAGAGCUACGACUGCGGCUUGCGUGAUCCCUCAACUGCAUCAAUGUAUCAGACCGCCGUCCCAGACCCUCAAAUUGCUCCAGUAGAAUAUAAAGAAUUGUUGACAAAUCUUAUGGAUUUUAAGGUAGACGUUAAGCUGGAAAUUCAGAAAAUGAACCAAAAAAUGAACAAAAUGGAAGAGAUGUUGAGCGAGAUUCUCAAGCGACUGAAUCCAGAAAGUGGUUCUAGCUCGCAAUCGCCCAGUGAUUCGGCGGACACGUUAAAGAAGUCUUCCACUAACGGAACACCUGUUGAAAGACCCACUGAUUUCCUUCCAAAGGCGGGAUGUUCGAGCGAAGGUACCGGUCUUGGUACCGUAAUACUCAAAAAGCGCAGAUCGAAAACUAGAAUCAAAGGAUCAGCUCCACAGAUUCCAACUCCCACUAGUGGUAAAACUGUUACUCCCGAUAGUUCGAGCCCAACGGAAACCAGGCUCCAUCAAGAGCCUGUUCCAGCCCCGUCCUCGCGCAAGCCCAAGGAAUUUCUUUAACGAUUGCUGAUCCCCUCCUUAAACUUAGGUCUCUUAGCUGUUGUUUAGCUGUUAAGUUUUUUUAUAUGAACAGUUUUUUUAAUAAUAUUUAAGAAAGUGGAUCCGCCCAACUAAAGACUCUUUGGCGACCAAGCCUUUAGAUGCGCGGGUCUGCAUUAAGUGCAAUAUAUUUCUAUUUCUACAAAACCAACAAAAAGAACUAUUGUUAAUUGUUUAACAUUUACUCUAUGCCUUUUAAGAUAUUCUAAAUAUAAUUUAGAUUUAAAUUCAUGCUGCGAGGUGAAUCGCGGAUUUAUUCACGCCUGUGAAGCUUUAUGCGAAAGGUGCUCUUUAAUUUAACAAUCUAACUUACUGGCUUUGUGUUCACAUUUUCUCCUCACAAAUCGAAUGGGGUUUUUAAAUGUGAUGAGGGAAGUGGGCAUUAGUGGUGUACUGCAAUAUGGGCUGUUUUUUAUGUUGACCAGCAGUUCAUUUGGUAAUUUUCAAAUGCAAAGCAAUAGCUGCAUCAGUCUUAUCUAGUCAUUUCCCGCUGUGGGUAACUUGGUAAACCUUAAUCGCGUCUUGUAGUACUCUCUAAACCGUCACAACCCUUCUGUUGAACAAUUGAAAGGAAUAUUAACGUAGUUCUAACCUAGCAGUAAGAAAGACAGAAUUUUAAAGAAAUAUGAGCUAAUUAGUCCAUAUUCUAUCAGCCACUUUAACAUUCCUGACCUAUUCCGAGACACAUGUAGAUUCUUCAAGUCUAAAGUUAGAUAAUAAGGUUACAACUAGGUAAACCAUGUAAUAAAGCAAAGAAAGCAAUUUUAGACGCAUUUUAGUUAAGGAUCUUUUCUACGAAACUAUGUAAAUUGGGUACGAAUGUGAGGGUAUUGAGUGGUGGCAGUAAGUUUUCACAUUUCAGUUAAAUAAGCGCGAAUUUAGAGGCUGUCCCUACCUUUAAAUAAAUUUUACAAAAUCCAGGGUUUAUUGUUGUGUUAUACCUUUUUUUCAAAGUAGCCUGACGUCUCUUUAAUUCCUGUACUCGUUUGCAGAAAGGUUUUCAUGUCAAUUAUGCGAUUUAGAACUUUAUCACACUACAAUAAAUCAUGGAUAAUUCUAAAUGGUUAAUUUCGAUAGGAAACUUGAUAUCUGUUAUUUUGGUAGCAGUUUUUUGGUAGUGUGCCCCGGUGUCCAAGCAUUUUUAAUCAAUUCGUGUUAGACUUUCAAAGCUUUUGUAGGUCAUAUACCAAUUUUCUAUACAAGAACCUUCCAAAAGCAGAAAUCCAGUUUCCACUUCGAUACCUGUACCUCAGAAAUAACUGCAGUUUUAAUGCGGUCUAUUUCCAAAUUUUUAUCACUACUUGGGCGUUGGUCUUUGAAAAAAUAAGAAUAGUUACUAAAGAAAAAUUUUGAAGUUUCAUCCAUAAGCAGCAAUCGUAAUUGUCCGUUUCGGUGGUUUCUGAGGUAUACCGCUGUAUAUGUAAGAGAUCUUGAGCGAUAAUUUCUUAUGAGGUCUAUUAAAUUCAAACAAUACGUUGUUGUAGUUGAACAUGUUUGUAAAAAUGCAAAAUAAACAACUUUGAAAUAAAA